AUGUCGACCCCAGAAGCCCGCUCCAACGGCGCAUCUUCCCAAGAGCCAACCGCCGCCGACGAUGUUGUUAACGUGGGUAUAGCCCCUCGCGUGGUUGCAUCCGUUAUUCGUGUCAAUGGCCUCUUUGAAUGCCCACGCUGUACAGAAUCGUUCUCCCUCCCUUCCGAUCUUCGAACACACGUCCAAACCCAUGUGGCUCCUUCCCAUGCCACCGCUCUCGACCCCACAUUGCGACACACAGUCAGCAAGAUGGCCGCCCGCCCCCCCUCUAAACUCCCGUCUUCCAAACGACCGCUACAAAAACCGGAGUCGCCACCAAGCAAACACCCACAAAAUUCCUCUCUAAUCCCAGGUCUCGCGUCAACAGCAGCACUCUCUGUCAGCAAUCCCCUCAACGACUGCCCCGAUUCUCCAGAGUCCUCUACGUCUACAUAUGUCGCUGCUUUUUCGUCUUCCCCAAUAUUGCGCUCGCAAGCUGAAUACCAUUCUGAUGAUGACAACAUUGACAGUUUUGUUUAUGAUCCUUCGUCCGAAUUAGACGAUCUUUCUCUCAUCCGUCCCCCGCCCCCCUUUGCGCCUUUUUUGUCCACGACUUUGCCUGUCGACCAUUCAGAAACGCCCGCUGAUACUCAUGCCGAACCCGUUGAUGACAAAUCUCCCUCAUCUCCUGCUGUCGAAUCUCCCUCAUCUCCUGCUGUCGAAUCACCUCCCAAAACGUGUUCACCUGAAGAAGUCGAAGCCGCGAAAUAUCUCUCGCGUAUAGGCUACUUUGUCCAUCUCCCGCUACGCGUUCUUGUUUGCACUGGCUGUUCCAGCUCGGUGCAGCUGAAAAAUGCGUAUUCACACAAGGUCAAGACCUCUUCGUCAUGCCGACUCCCCACCGCCCGCUCAAUUCUUCGAACCGAACUUGAAAAAAAUCUCCUCAUUGCCGGUGCAUCCGACACUCUGGUGCUUCCUUCCCAUCAUCACCCCAUCCCGCCUAUCCCUGGCAUCCCUAUUGUGCAAGGUUGGGUCUGCACCAACGAUGUGAAAAGUGCCUGCUACGGGGAACCCUUUGCCUCCGAAACCUCUCGCAAGCGCCAUUUCCAACAGAAACACUCCAAGGUCCCCUCUUCUGAUCGCUCCCUUCAUUAUAGAAGUUCCCCUGUCCAGUCGUUGUACUUGUUCGCUGGAGACCGCAUAUGUGUCGCCACAGCUGAAAAGCCCCUGCCUCCUGCCGUGCCUCGAUACGAGGAGUUCAUUUCGUCGUUUGAAGACGGAGUCCCUGUGCCUGCUUCGAAUCCCUCGUCCCUCCUCACCAAACCCACCGUCUUUGAGACGUUUACCCAGUGGCAUGUGGAGCUUGCCGGCACUGAUUUGAAGCAGCUCUACGAGCACGCACGCCGCCCCGAUGCACAAGAUCCGCAGCUCCAACGCCUACGCACUGGCAUCACCUCUUACUUCCGCAACAUUGUACCCGACAUUCUAAAGUCCGGGCAUCACCAUCUCCUUUGUUGUAUCCACUCUCCCGAGCCCCUCGUCCUGGACCAUCAACCAUUUUGCGUUCCCCAGAACGCGUCCACUCUUGCAAGCUAUUCCAAUAUAUUCUCGGGGUUUAUUCUCAUGAUGGCCAAAUGUCUCUCCGAACCUAUCCCAGGCUAUCCCAUGUAUACCACUGAGAAUCAGAACGCUGCCAUUUCACAGGCCCUUCGCAACCUUGACGACACCACAAUGACAGAACGCCAACGCCUCGAACAAAUACACGAGCUAUGUUGGCUCUCUUUAUCAGAACAACCAGAGGACGCAUGCAAACAGGAACGAGCUACCCCGAUAUUACGCUUUCUCAUCGCGUACCAUUUGGCUGAAGACGGCCAUGACCACUUUCUACCUCCUCGUUAUGUUUCGCACACCCUCUCAGCAAUACAAUGGUGUUGGCAGGCAGUGGGCUAUUGCCGAUGCACGCUGUUCGCUGCGAAUUACCCGGAAGGCGCCAUAGGUGCGUAUGAAAACAUCGUUAAGCCGUAUCUUCAAGAACUCGAGCACUCACCGUUCACAACUCUCCGAUCCGUCAUUCACCUUAUCGCCUCGCUCGUGCACAAUGCCUCCACCCUUCCAAGAUUUCUCAUGGCCGCGACAAGGGACCAUUUCAGCAUUGAUGGUCACCCCAUCACAUUCAAAAGCUUUCGCGAGUAUUGCGUUGACCUUGUUAGCACUGCCGAGACGCGGCUCGCUACUGUCCUCCGCGGAUGUCCUCUCGACGAUGCUGACGAGCUGAUAACCAAUGCCCUCCGCGUUGGGCAAACUUCCAAUAUAUUCUACGAUAGAUUAAGAGACGUAGGCGCAGGGUACUCCUUCAUGAGCGAUACGAACAACCCGCUUGCGGCUGGAAAAUCUCGCCUUAUCCAGCAUUUUCUUCGAGAUGGAUGUCACGAAUUUUCGGUUCCUACGCCCUCUUGCGCGCACUCUGAAGCGUUUCGUCCACUUGAAUGCGCUAUUUGGCUGUCCGAUGUCGAUAGAUUGGUCGAAGCUUUGUAUGCCGCCACUGUCGCUACUUGGCCUGGCGCAGGUCGUGGUACAGAACUCGACCAUCUCACUUAUAACAAUCAGCAUGGGCGACGCCAUUUGUUUCUAAUCAACAACAUCCUCACCUUUGUUACCUCGUACUCCAAGACCCAGAAGAUGACUGGCAAGGCACUGUUGAUUCCCCGUGGUAUCGACCCUCGCCUAGCACGCGUUUUUAUUAUUACGCUGAACUAUGUAUACUACGCCGCCCAGGUCAUCACCCAUCAGCUAGGGGACGACUGCUCCUCUUCUGCGUAUUCCAAGUAUAUCUUUGUCCGUCGCGGCACGCCUCUUAACACAGACGCCAUGACCCAAAUCCUCCGCUCCUUCACCAACGACCACUUUCGCUGCCAGUUCGGUGUACGCGAUUGGCGACACCUCAUGAAGUUUGUCCUCCGGCACAUGGCCGACAUUUCUCUUGACCAAGAUGACGACGAUGCACAAGACGCCGAUCGUGCACCCAUCAACAGUUUGUUUGGUCAUGGUCAGCGCAUCGCCGACACUGUGUAUGGCAUCGAGGCAGAUAGCUUAACGGACUUGACGCAGCCUGAUGUUGCUAGGGCCCAUCGAUAUGGUAUUGUUUACCAGAAAGCCUUGGGUUUGUGGGCGGACUUUUCUGUAGAUUCGCUCGGCCUACCUAAUGACGAAAAAUCUACACCUUCCAACCAGACCUCCCUCGUUGUUGCGCCGCUAGAUGCCGCCUCUCGCCUACAUAUUGCAAGGGAUUUGGAAGACGUCCUUGACACGCGUUUACCCGCCUUUGGCGAUUUAAUAUCGUCGACGUUAUCCCGCGUACUUUACCACCAUAUACCCAAUUUGUCGACUUCUCUCCCCCCUCUCUUGCCGUCCUCCACCUCCGUCAACGUCCACCCGUCACGGCUGAAAUGCCUCCAACGCCUCUUCCGUUCAAAGUCCUUCAAAAGCCCUGAGCAAGCCACGAUCUUUGAAUACAUUCUUCAAAAUCUACGAUCGGUGUUUGGGAUCCUAGGCACUGGUGGCGGGAAGAGCCUGAUGUUUUAUGGACCACCUUUGAUCGAACCGUCCGGCAUCACCAUAGUAGUGUCGCCAUUCGUAUCCCUGGUUGAGGAACAGUUCUCCACUGCUCAAAUGCAUUCCAUACCCGUCUCCAUGUGGCCAAACGAUAAAAUUGAUUUUGACACUGUACGACUGAUCAUCGUCCCUGCCCAUGAGGCUGGAAUGGAACUCUUUGUCAAUUUUGUCACUGCUACUGUUCGCAUCAAGAAACUGCGGAGGAUUAUAUACGACGAAGCCCACCAGAUACUGAUGUCUGGCUAUCGCAAUUGCUACGACAACCUCUGGCGCAUUGCUGUCCAAAAUGUGCCCCUGCAUUUCCUAUCUGCCACACUCCUCCCACAUAGUGUGGCCGCCAUUGCACAUGCCGCACGACUUCAACCGGACACAUUUUGUGUCAUCCGUGCUACCACUGUCCGCCCUAAUUUACGAUAUGUCGUAGAAGACUUUUCCGCCGAGAAGGACAACACACUGGUGAUGGACAGAAUCGCGAGUAUCUGCCGAAGCACGUACUCAAAGAUGGAUGAAAAGGAUCGAAUCCUCGUUUACUGCAGUUCGUAUAAUGAGUGUGAUGCGCUCCGCGCCCUUCUUGGUUAUCCUGUUUACAAGUCCAAGAUAGACGGCCGCCUGGAUCCGUCCACGAACGCUUCUCGCAGGAACGCCAUAUCUGCUGAUUGGCGAGCUGGUAACCCCAGGGCAUUGAUUGCGACCACUGGCUUUGGCAAUGGGAUUGAUCACGCCCACGUGAGAUUGGUUGUGACUCUUAAUCCAUACCACGCAAGUGACGCCGCGCAGCAGACCGGACGAGCAGGCCGCGACGACUGUGAAGCGACUUGUUAUCUGUUCAAUACGCGCCGUCAUCCUGUGCCCAGCAACGCCGCAGAUGAUCAUGGUGGCAUAGGCUUGUUACGUAUGCUUUACACCACCAACGACUGUGUUCGGCUAUGCCUUGGAAAUUUUGACGAGCGGGCGUAUAGCUGUGUUGCUCAUGGUAGCGCCAAUGCAGUGUUAUGCUCUCGGUGUGAGGUGCUUGAGAGCCGCACAUCAGUCAUGCUGGCACCCGCCUCCAUUGGAGGACUAACCUCUCUUGUUGAUCCCGGUGUUGAAUCCUCGCCCAUGCAGGCACCCUCGUCAUCCACCCAUCCUCGUACUCCCGCUGUUGAAUCUUCCCCUUUGCAUCCACCAUCCUCGUCGUCGUACUGUACACCAAAUGCAAUUGUUCAGUUGUCCCCGACAGUACCUUCUUUCCCUCGACGAUCCGCCAAUCCGUCAUCGAUAAUUUCCACCUUGACCCCUCCUCCUACUAAGCCCAAGCGCCCUCAAGUACAAAAAAACCCUCGUCAUACACGUGACACGCCGUCGAAUCAAUUCCCCACUCCUUCUAGUGUCCCACGUCCGUCUGGAAAUCAUAUGCCGACUCCUACGUCUAAUCAGGCUUCAGUGAGCCAAUCCCUCGCCCAAAACACCCCUCUGUCCCCCAUCCGUGUUCCUAUAUUCCCCCAUGAUGUAUUUAGAUCGCGAUGGCGGUCUCAAGUAUUGCGUACGAUGCCUGAAUAUAUGUCCUCUGUGUCCUACUGUCCGACUCAGGUUUUGAGUCAAUAUUCUUUGCCACCCUCUCCUACUCCUCCCUCUGCACCUCGUCCGUCUAACAGUCGCGCUCCCAAUAAACACCGCCCACUUCUUGCUGCGCUACCACCCUGUCCUCCGAUGCCAGAAUUCCAUGCUGCGCCGAACCGUGUGAAGCCUGCAGGUCGUAAUACGAACUCUGUACUCGAAUCACGGCAAGAGGUGAUCGAAGCAAAUUUGGCGAUCAGAGCUACUCGCGCAACCUAUUUAGCAUAUAUUCCCAAGUUCUUCGAACUUGCAAAAAUAGGAUGCAUAACGUGCUGGGUCCUCGGCCGUGAUUAUCGCGCUUGUCCUGCACUAUCAACCACAUCUGGUUCCAACCCCACAACCGUACAUAGGCCUUACGACUGUUCCCAGGGGCUCACCAAUCCCUCAAUCUCCCGUCACAACAUCGCAUCCCUCGGGAAUGCCGGCAACGCCUACAAGCAAUAUUUUCGCAAUUCCCUGUCCUUUCCAUCGACCUACAAAAUCUGCUAUAAUUGUUUACGCCCGACGGACCCCGAUGCCUUUCCGCAUGGCAUACGCGACAAAAACUGCCAGAGACACGAUGACGUCAUCAAGCCCUUCCUUUGGGCGAUUUACUGUCUUCCCGUUGCCUUUGCCCCUCCUGAUGAAGGCCAACACUGGCGCACGCUCUUACUCCAAGAGGUAGGGGCUCCUCGACUUUCCACUGUCACGGAUUAUGCACAUUGGGUCCAAGAAGUUCCGGACCCCGACGCGAUGAAUCUCUGCAACGGCCUACGCUUGCUUAUCACAUGGACGAGCAACGUGUAUAACAAAAGUUGGCCCUCCCCGUAUAAUGUUGCCUAA